GCAUCUGUCUUUCUUUGACUAUCAAUGGUGUCGCCGGCUGACUAACAAGGAAGUGGAAGUUUCCCGCCCACUUUUUAACUCAGUGGGCUUUGUUUAUGCUCCGCAGUUUGGAAUUAAUAUUGUGCGAUUAAUAAUAAUACAUUUUACUAACCGUUAUGCGGCGGUCAGCAAGAAGUGCAAAAAGCAGAACUUUGCCACAAAAUGAAGAAACCCAGUCUGAGAAAGUAUGGCAGUGGCAGGGUGAUGAAGGCCAGUGGGAGGCGUACUCUCCAUCCGACUGUGCCCUGCUGGACUCGGCCCUGUCCUCAGGGAAGACCAGCAUAUCCCUGAUUUUGGGUUCAGGGUCAGUUUACCAGGUGGACCUGAAAAAGAUGGUCCAGGUCAACCCCGUCACUAAGUACAAAAGGAAGAUCCGCUCGCAGACGCUAAAAGCAGAAAGUUCUGAUGACACCGGGGGAGACCCAAGUGCUCCCAACGGGGAUUCGGUGGUGGUGAAACAGGAAGCAGAGGAUAGCGAGGAGCAGUUGUCCAAAGGGAAACGGAAACGAGGCAAGAGCCAGGCCAGCAGCACCGCAGACAAGAGACUCAAGGAAGAGACACCGAGCAAAGAAGUCGUGAAGACUGUGGUCAUGAAGGGAAAAGCUCCAGUGGACACGGAAUGCAAAGCUAAGCUUGGGAAGGCUCACGUUUACAGCGAAGGAGCGGACGUUUAUGAUGUGAUGAUGAACCAAACCAACCUUCAGUUCAACAACAACAAAUAUUACCUAAUUCAGCUGCUUGAGGAUGACUCGGCCAAGGUGUUUAGUGUGUGGAUGAGGUGGGGCAGAGUGGGAAAAGUGGGUCAGUCAAGCCUGACAUCCUGCGGUGGAGAUCUGCUCAAGGCCAAAGAUAUCUUCAAAAAGAAGUUCUUUGACAAGACCAAAAAUGAGUGGGAACACAGAGCAGGCUUUGAAAAGGUGGCUGGAAAGUACGACAUGGUCUACAUGGACUACAGCUCAAGUUCAAAAGAGGAGAAGGAGACCCUGGCAGUCGCCAAAGCGCCAAGCAAGACCUCCAAGCUGAAUAAGAAGGUCCAGUCUCUGCUGGAGCUCAUCUGUGACAUCAAAGCCAUGGAAGAGGUGGUGCUGGAGAUGAAGUUUGACACUCGCAAGGCUCCUCUUGGCAAGCUUACCUUGGAGCAAAUCAGUGCCGGUUACACAGCUCUCAAUAGGAUUGAAGCGUGUCUGAAGAGGAAAGAUGGUACCCGUGAGCUGGUGGAAGCCUGCAACCAGUUCUACACGCGCAUCCCGCAUGACUUUGGACUAAAAACACCACCUCUCAUUCGGACGGAAGAUGAGCUGAAAAAGAAGAUUGAGUUGUUAGAGGCGCUUAGGGACAUCCAGAUUGCGGUAAAAAUGGUUGAGAGCAGUAGUGAGGACCACGACGAGCAUCCUCUAGAUCGCCAUUACCGUUCUCUCAACUGCCUCCUAGAGCCCCUGGACCCCGUCAGCCAAGAAUACAAGGUGAUCGAAAAGUACCUGCAGUCCACUCACGCCGCCACGCACUGCGACUACACCAUGACCGUGAUGGACGUCUUUGCUGUGGAUCGCGAUGGCGAAAGCGGCCACUUCCUGUCGCAUAUUCACAACAGGAUGCUGCUUUGGCACGGGUCCCGUCUCUCCAACUGGGUGGGCAUCCUCAGCCAAGGGCUCAGAGUGGCGCCACCUGAAGCCCCUGUCACCGGUUACAUGUUUGGCAAGGGCAUCUACUUCGCCGACAUGUCUUCCAAGAGCGCCAACUACUGUUUUGCCAGGAACCACAACCAAGUCGGAUUGCUGCUGCUUUGCGAGGUCGCCCUGGGAGACAGUAACGAGCUCCUGGAUGCAGACUAUAAUGCCAACAACCUUCCAGUGGGCAAACACAGUACAAAAGGCAUCGGGCAAACCGGACCCGAUCCCCAGAAUUUUGUCACUCUUAACGACAUGAUGGUCCCGAUGGGUCCCGGGGUUAAGAGGACCCUGAAGACGGCCGGGUCGUCCACGGGUGGCAAUUAUUCGCUGCUGUACAACGAGUUCAUUGUGUACAACCCGGCUCAGACCCGCAUGCGCUACCUGCUGCGUGUACACUUCAACUACACCUCCUUAUGGUGACCUCAACAUUUAUGCGAAUGUGUCUUUAUGGAACAGUGUGAUGGUGUUUUGGAACUUUUUACUGAUUAUUAAUGUGCCUCAAAUGAAGGAAUGUUGCAAUAAAUUCAACUGUUAUCAUCCAAAAUAUAUCAGUAAUACAUAUUAGUACAUAUUAAA